CACAUGUGCAGCCAAGUGAAGCAAGCGACGCCUCUGAGUGGUUGUUCGAUGAUUUUGGCUCUUAUGUAAACUGUGGUUAGAACUGCAUCGUAUUUACUGGCUUCUUUUGAAUUUGAAGUUUUUYGAUCGAUCGUUUCGACGUCAAGAGGCGAAACAAUAAGAAAGAUCGAGGAUGGAGAUUAAAUGGCUGGUUUUACUAGUUGUUUGCGGUUCCGUGACGMUCGUAGAAUCGGCUGUGACACUACCCCAAAAUAAACGAGACGAAAUAAUCAAUUCUACCAUACUGAUGAAGUGUACAGUCACUGGAGAACCUUUCGAUGGAUGGUACUUUAAGAAAACAAAUUCGAAAAUUUCUGACCAGCUUUCAAGUCGAAUUCACGUCACAUCAAAUGGGGAUAUUCAUACUAUGAAAAUGCAACGAAUUCAACAGGAAGAUGGUGGCGAAUAUGAAUGCCGAGCAAAAAGCGGUCAAAAAGCUACGUUUUUACUCUGGUUACAUGCUCUGUUCUUAGAACCUAUUGAAAAAAAGCAAUAUCUUGCAUUGUUCAAGUCUGGAACAAUCAAAGUAGAAAUUCUGGGAUUCCCAAAACCAAAAGUCACAUGGAAGGAUAAAGAUGACAAAGAGAUCAACCUGGCAUUAGAUAGAUACGAAUUAUUGUCUGAUGGAUCGUUAAGAAUAAAAGAUGUCAAACGAACAGAUUCUGGAAAUUAUACCGUCACAUACAACCAGGAAAAUCUAAGAGAAAAUUCAGCCAAAAUCGAAGUCUUUGCUUCAUUUCCUGCGACAAUUAUUCAGCCACCACAUCCAGAAAAGCGUUAUGUCACUCGAGGAUACAAUACUUCGUUUACUUGCAUUGUGGACGGUGAACCAAAACCUACCGUAAGAUGGCUGGAUCCAACCGGUAACCCAGUCUCCACAUUCAAUCCACGCUAUAGAGUCGAAAAAAAUACAUUUUAUAUCACGGACGUCCAGGACAGUGACAAGGGCAAGUGGACAUGUGAAGCUUCUAUAGGAUCUCAAAAAGCAACAGCUGUAGCAGAGAUUCUGGACGUUUAUGAGGCACCGAAAAUAUUUGAUCCGAAAUUCCCGUGGGUAUAUUAUCCAGUAUUGUUCAGAGAAUACACGAUCGCUUGUAAAGCUCAGGGUUAUCCCAAGCCCACUGUCGUCAUACGUCAAGGUGGAAGAAUACACCCUCGACUCGAGAUGAAACCUGGUGAAGCUCUUGUAGAAUACUACCUCGUCAGGGAGCACGACUUGGGCAAUUACUCGUGUGAAGCUUGGAGUAGUGCAAGGGACAGCAACGGAAAAAUAAUUGUUGUCAACCAGACUUUCGCCGUGUUUACUAAAGAUCGUCCUGUUAUCAAUCCACAAGGAAGUCCUGAUGAAAUAUUUUCAUAUGUUGGAAAUCCCAAACCUUUGAUGAUCAACUGUGACUUUGUUUCCUGGCCAAAAGCUAACGUUACAAUUUGGCGUGGCUUUUAUGAACUCACUAAUGGAACAGACCAGGCAACAUUGUAUGUGUGGACAUACAGUUGGGAAGACUUUGGUCCAUACAGUUGCAUCGGGAGUAACAUCUAUGGUGAAGUCAACUAUACUGUGUGGAUCAGACAUGCCACUCCUCCAGGAAAGCCCGAGAAUGUCAAAAUAAUUGUUGACUGCGAUAAAGCAAACUUUACGUGGGAUCCACCAGAGUAUAAAGGAGGCAUGCUGAUUGAUCGCUAUGUUAUUACAGACCAAAACAAUAAAAAGUUCAAUACCAAUGAUUCGUACCCUGAAUACAGGAUUCAUGGACUUCAACCCAACAAAGAGUACACGAUAACAAUUCGAGCUAUGAACCGACAGGGGGCUGGGGCCGAGGCAAGGAUCGUCUUCCGUACUAAURCCACUUGCAGCCCAGGUCGCCCAAUCGUAUUUGCACCGGUACAGAAGGAUCUUGACCGAACCUUUUUGGACUUGCGAUGGAAGGCACCAGAAAACCUAAAAGAAGAUGAAAUAUCAUCGUUGUAUUACUGGAUUCUGGUCAGAGAAGAAGAGGACAUCGAAGAGACGGGCCAUACUCAAGUAUACACGUCCAACACCUUCGAGCAGCGCAUUGGUGGCCUGAGAAAAAAUGUGUCGUAUCGAUUUGAAGUCGUUGCUAUUAAUGAUAAAGGUCAAAGAAGCGAACCUACCUACGCCAUCUAUUACGUCUUGCCAUAUGCUUGGGAUUCGGCCCAUUCUCUSACGUCCAGUCUAUGGUGUAUUUUGGUGGGAAUUAUCUUUGCUGUGGUGAAUAUUUAGCAAUAGAAGUCUACACACAUAAAAUACAUGAUAACCUUUAGUGUUAAACCUUUAUUGAAAACCUGAAAAAACCUGCUUGAAUUUUAUUAUAAAUUCGGUUUAUAAGUAAAUGACGUUGUCAUGCCACAAACACCGCUGACAUAGACGAGCGAAAGUCUCUUAAAGGACGCCUCCAACAUAAAUCAUUUGAUUUGUACUAAUGUCAUAUGAACAAGGCAAACGCUUGGUUGAUAUGAUGCAAUAGUCACAUGCGAUUCUCACAAAUCAUGCCAGACGGACUCGUCGCACAUGGCUUGUCGAACCAAUUAUUCAGAUCAAUUCUACUCAUGGUUUCUUAGGGGGGCUUUCAUUUAUUAGCUCAUGGGGGGUCUGGCAAAAUUUUAUACACCUGCCUGCAAACAUUAUAUAACCGCCCCCUAAAUGAUUCUGCCGAUCCCCCCUCCCCAAUGAGCUAAUAAAUGAAAGCCCCCUUAACGAUGACAAGACGCGUGCAACAAGUACAUCGUAUGGUAGCUAGUUUAAUCUUUGUCAGUUUGUGAUAAUUUGCAGGCACCUUUUGCCAAUUAACCCUUAAGCUCUGUAGACUUAUUUCUUGUUAUGAUAAGAGCAUUUGUUAAAUAUGACACAACCUCAUCUUGAAUUCUUUGCCUCUGGUUAUAUGACAGCACAAGAAAUAUUCACUGAAAAGUAUCUAUUUAUAGUUGAUUUAAUGAUUGUAGCAUGCAUUUUUAGGCACGUGUUUAUAGUAAAAGGCUUUUUGUAUAAUUUUUUUAUAACCGAAUAAGAAUAUGUAGAUGUUGGACAAUGAUGUGUUUAAUAAACGCAUUAGAAUUGGUAAA